UGAUAAAAAAGAAAAAAGGCGUGUGACCUGUUAAUGCACAAGGAGGCAUUGCAUAGGACGCAGUUCUGAAGAAUGGACCCGGCAGAAGUGAAGUGGUCAGCAUUUGAGUACACGCUUCAAGCAUAUGUUACCGACUUUCAAAAAUCCUUUCCCAAUAUUAUUAAAAUCACAGAGGGAUUCCUGGGGAAGCAAGAGAUAGACAGUAUCAGCUCCAGCACGGUUAUCAGAGUUCACUCCCUGUACAACCAGAGAAGAGUAACAGCCGAAACCAGAACUGGGAAAUUGUUUUCCUUGCCUGUUAAGCUGAAAAGACUGAAAUUUCUGGUGCCAUCAGUUAAAGGGCCCAUUGGAACUUUGAAGCAUCAAAAUCCCAUGAAUCUGGAAGAUAUAUUAGCCAAAUAUACUCUACCUGUUACUAUUCGCACAUCCAAGGUUUUAUCAUAUAAGCAAAAGGGGGAUAUGAAGUCUCAAGAUGAAAUGCUAUCGGAACUGAUGCUGCAAGAUACUUAUGAGGAAAUGUUCUUAUUUGGACAUCCUAUUGACAAAGGUAAGUUUUUUGUAGAGGAGCCUAUAGUCAUUCCAAUGUACAUGAAAGAGCUGAGACUGGCAGUGGCAAUGGGAUAUAAGGAUGGAAAUACAGAUAAAUGGAACUCGUUAUGUGGUUUGUUAACCCAGCAAGUCAAUAAUCAAGGCAACACUGCAAAUGCCACUUUUGAGGAGAUUGUUUUGCUCGAUAAAAGGGAUGUUAAUCCACAAGAGCCCAGCUACAGCACAAUUGAGCCAAUAUAUAUUGACCUCAAUGAAAUCAACAGCGACUACAAAGCACCUCUGGAUAAUAAAAGAAGCAGCAAUGUGUAUCAGUUUAGUCUUGUGUCAGAACUGAAGCAAGUGCAACAGACCCAAAACAAAGUGAUGCCAAAAUCCCCAUCAGUAAACACCCCCAAUACCAUUGAUGACAUCCCAAACGACCUUUACAAUCUGACCCUAAAUACAGUGAAACCAGAAUCCCCAACAGCACAACCCUUUAAACCCAUUCUUGAUGUCCCAAAAAAUCUUUACAAUUUUACACCAAAUACUGUGAGACCAGAAUCCCCAACAGUACAACCCCUGAAACCCAUUCAUGGCCCAAAAGAUCUUUACAAUCUCACCCCUAAGACGGUGAAACCAGAAUCUCCAACCGUACAAUCCUUCAGAUCCAUUCAUGAUGUCCCAAAAGACCUUCGCACACUCACUGUUAAACAAGUGUGUGAAUGUCUGAUAUUUCUCAAUAUGAACCAAUACAUACAAGCUUUUGAAGCAUCUCAAGUGGAUGGCCAUCUAGUGUAUGACCUUAACCAAGAGAUGAUGAAGAGCUGCUUGGGCAUGAACGGACUUAACUGUGUAAAAUUCUUGAAGUUCCGGGAUGGAUGGAGACCUAAUCUGGAUGGAUAGCAGUAGUGGAGCAAGCCGCCGUCACAGAGCACAGGUGUUCGUGACCAACAGUCAGUUUCUAUGAUGACUCAAGAAGGACUGUUUGUCAUUUAAACAUUGUAUUUUUCUGCUCUGUUUUAUGAAAAGUUUUAUUUAACAAACUUGGAUUUGUCAUUUUGCUCAGUACACUGUUUUCAGCCUUCUGCUUGGGAGGGACUCAUCAGGCAUAAGGAAUUUCUGCUGAUUGAUUCCCCCUUUGGAAACGUGUGUACUU